AUGCAACAAUCCUUAGAUACAAAUCUUGAACAUGAAUACAUUACAUCAAAUGGAUUAUGUCAUUCAGCUGUUCCUUUGAAUAAAAUCGAUACAACGACGACGACAACAACAACUUCAACUACUACUAAGACAACAUCGAUUAUGAACGAUUGUUUAUUUAAUAAUAAUAAUAAUAAUCUAAGUUAUCGUAAUCUAUUAACAUUGAAUAAUUCAACAGAACUGAAUACUAUUCAAUCUUCUAGUAUAAAUCCGUAUUCUCAAUUACAACCUAUGAAUAAGUCAAUGAAAGUUGAUUAUGCAAUAGAUUCAUUAAUGGAUUUAAAUUAUGAAUCUGUCAUUCAUUCAAACGAUAAUUCAAAAGAUCCAAAUUUCUCAUUGAAAUAUUCAAAUAAAUAUGAUAAAAUACCUACAUCAUCAUUGAACUCUACAAUAGAUCCACUUCAUAUAACAAAAGAUUCAUUAUAUCCUCCUAUAGAUAGAAGAAAUGAUUGUGAAUUCAAUACUACUACUACUACUAAUACAUUACAUCAUUUAUGGUUAGAUAAUGAAUCUAUUCAACAAGAGAUUCAUUCAUCAUAUCCAUGUUGUUCAACGUAUUAUUUAGGAUUUUAUUCAACAAAUGAUUAUUUAACAUCACAAUUUACCGAUACAUUACAAUAUUAUAAUACAAAAACAAAUUUAAUUGAUUAUGAUUAUACUACUGAAAUACAACAACAGAAUAAUAAUUAUUUUACAAAUACAUCCUAUCUACAAUAUAAUAAUAAUCAAAAUAAAGAAUCUAUAAAAUAUUUGAAUAUAGAUUCUUAUAAAGUUCCUGAAAUGAUACAUGAACAUGAUACCAUUUCAUCUGGAACCUCUAGUCAAAUGAAUGAUCAUCAUCAACAUCAGAAUGAUAUAUUCAUGACUUCAAAUGAAUAUACAUAA